GAUGAGUGUUAUUUGAAGUCAGCACACCAAACUUCCAUUCUUCCCUGUUGUUGUAUGUCUGCUGUAUUUGUCUUCAAUGUUUUCAUAAUAUUCCGUGCCUGAUAUGCAAUUUUAUAUUGCGAUUUGAUUCCAAGUUAUUUUUAAUCUCUCUCGUUAAAAGAUGUCUGAUCACAAAAAGAUGUCCAAACCGGAUGAAAAAAUCUCCCUGAGCCUCCGCUGGGGAAGUCAUCGAGAAACUGUUCUACAAUCUCUUGAAUCUUCAUACGGUGAUCAGGAUUUCGUUGACAUGACUGUAGCAUGUGAGGGACAGUCAAUACAGGCUCACAAAGUAGUUGUCUCAGCUUGCAGCACUCAUCUCAAACAUUUACUGAAGGAAAACCCUUGUCCCCACCCAAUCAUCAUUUUAAAAGAUGUGGCAAUGAAGGAAUUGCGGUGUUUGAUGGAGUUUAUGUAUUGUGGCAGAGUGACUGUUGAGCAAGAACAAAUUGAACCUUUACUAGAAGCAGCUAAAAUGUUAGGUGUUAGGGGCCUAGCAUCUGGGGAAACUCUAGAAGAUCUUGAGGACCUAGAAAGUGUUAAGUCUGAAAUUGCUAGUAAAUCUGAAAGUGAUCAUCAGCUUCACAUAAAUCAGAAGAGACAAAGGUCUGAAUCACCAUCAUCCAAUAAGAAGGCUCGACCUGUACCAGCAUUGCAGAGCAUUUUGGCUCAAACCUUGCUUACUACUAGUACCACCUCAAGACAAAAUUUUACUGAGGAUGUUACAAAUGAAGCACUAGGAGAGAUGUCUCGACGCUCAUUAUCUCCUCCAAACACUUUGGCCAAACUGUUAGCGCAGUCGCCUGUCAGCACACUGGGCUCCUCUCAUUCGUGUUCUCUAGAGGCUGAAAUUAACAAUGCAGAAUCAAGCAAUUCAAAACCAGAUGAUAACAGCAGUAUAAGUAAUCAGAUGGGAGACGGAGGAUUUCAACUAAAACAAGAAGCAGUUGAUCUGGAUUUAGCCAUAGAUAAUCCCACAGAAGCUUUAGAAUUAGAGUAUCAAAACCCAGAAGCUGAUGAGACUGUUGAUACAGACACAUACCUACAGCAAGGCGGUAUUUCAUCUACCUCUCCAUUUGAUCCAGCUGUUCAUGAUCGAAUUGGAAAGGCAACGGCAUUCAUGCUUAGUUUGGCAAAACGAGCAAAUCAAAAUAAUACCUUUGGGUCAUCACAACGUAAGCUUUCAUUCCAUGAGCCUCGGCCCUGUCCUGUUUGUAGUAAAUUGUGUCGAGAUUCUACAACUUUACGCACUCACAUGGCAAUGAUGCAUCCAUCUGCUCCUCUUAAUGCACCUAAUUUGUCUCCAGCCAAUGGAGACGGUGGCAGUGAAAGCCCUCUUGCUUUCUAUGAAGCUCGUCCAUGUUCCAUCUGUGGGAAGAUGUACCGUGAUGCAGCAUCUUUACGAAUCCACACAAGUAUAAUGCACACUGUGUGUCAUAGUGGGUAUGAGUGCUCUUGCAAGUUAAUUUUCCAGACCAAACAUGAAAUGUAUCUGCACAGAAGAACUCAUGCUAAGCAAUAGGAAAAACAAAUCUUUCAACAAAUUGAAAGUCUCAAACACUUUCCUUUCCCAAUUUUAUUUUAAAAAUGAAAAUUUCCUCUUUUGAAUCACUUGAAGCUCCUACAAUUUCAAGUUCAUAGCACAACAGUUGCUGUCCUUUUGUGAAAUCCAAUACACAACUUAAAAGACUGAUAAAAAUUCGUGUAUAAAAUUGACUUCAAAUAGAGAAGUAAUGAUAUACAUCAGUGGUUGUUGCUACUGAAAUGUUUACAGAUUGUACUAGCAUUUCUUUUACGACAGUGUUUUACAAAUGUUGAUCUCUUUCAUUAUUUUAUUUGUAUUUUCUCUUUUGUAGUUUAUGUUAAUGUGUUUUUGGACAACAUGCUAGUCUUGAUUAUUUUAUACAAAUAAACAUCUAUCUACCUAUGUAAUAUACUGUACUUAGAUGUUAAGUGUUGAGCUUUGGUAGAGGAUUGAGAUAGUACGAAUAUACUUUAUAAAGUGUACUAGAUUUAUCAAUUUUAAAAGCUUUUAGAAGGGUAGUUGGGAGGACUGCCCCUAUACAUUAGUGCACAAAUUCUGUUUGAAUUUUCAUUUCAAAAUGUUUAACUGCAUAUUUCUUUUUGAUAAUUUCAAACUCAAAUGAUAACAUCUCUCAGAAAACAAAAUGUCAACUCCCUGGAUUGUCUUGUAAUUUGAUGGUGACAAAAAUGUGUACUCACCAACUCACCAAAAAUAAUUAUCUGUUAAGUUUGUUAACUGUAUCUGUACAGACUUUUUUAUAUUGCUGUAGCCUAAUCUUAUUGUAAGCUAUUUAUUUUUAAAAUGUGAUAGAUAUGAACCCUCUUACUCUGCAGUUUCAGAGGUGGAAUAGUUGUUAUUUCAAAUGAAGGGUGGGAAGAGGAGUCAGACAUCAAAAGACUGGAACUUCCUUGCUGCAUUCUAUAAAUUUAGUGGCCUUCAUCCUUUCGCGAAAAAAAGGAAGCUUGAUAUGUAGGGUUUUCUCAGUUAGAAAAGAUGAUUUGCCAAGUGACAUUUGAAAUGAUUGUGUAAUUGUGAUUUUAAUUUUUGUGCAAAACAUUGUAUGUUUUUUGUUACUUUGUUAAUUUUAAGUGAAAAUGGCUCAUAAAAGCUACAUAUACUAGAA